AUGAAUUUAUUCCAAGGCUCACGCGAUUACUAUGCUAACGAGCGAUUCGCGUCCCCGUCCCUUCUCCAGGACUUGCAAUGGUACAACCAGACGCGAUUACUCCACGCUGACGUGGCAGCCGAUGGCGAGGGGAUAGCUAAGAGCGAGGCGAAGGCGAGGCCGGAUGGGACGGCGGCGGAGAAGGCGGGGAGGAGAAGCGCGUCCCGACGCAGCAGGAAGGGACGCCGCGCUGGCGACGAGCUAUUGGCCGCGCGCGACGCCGCGGACGCCGCUGACAGCGGCGAGGAGUGUGCGGGUGAUGAUAGGGGUGAUGGGGUUGACAGGGCAGCGGCAGACGCAGUAGCCGUGGAAGCAGCAGCAGCAGCAGCCGGGGCAGGGGAUAGUGAAGCGGAAACGGAGAGCGAGAAUGAGACCCGUCGCCCCGUGCCGUCCAUCCGCCCUCCUCGUCGCUCCGCCUCCCGCGCCUCAAGAACAGGCGGCAGCAGCAGCAGGGCAGGCGGCAGCAGGGCAGGCACGAGGCCGGGUCCGCCUGUGGCGCUGAACGUGCGGGACGACCGCGGGUGGACGAUGCUGCACAUCGCCAGCCACAUGGGCAACGUGCGCAUGGUGCGUGGUAACAUGGUGCGGCAACCACUGGAGGAGGGAGAUGUUGCGGUGCGGCAGCUACUGAAGGAGGGCGAUGUGGCAGUGGACGAGCCAUCUCUGGGCCCGAAGCACGCUAUCCUGGGCGUCCUGGGCGAGAGCAAGCUAUCAGUGCGGCAGCUACUGGAGGAAGGGGAUGUUGCGGUGGACGAGCCAUCGCUGGGCCCAAAGUACGCGGGGGCGACGGCGCUGCACCUGGCGGCAGCAGCGGGGCACAUAGCGGUCAUGGACGCGCUGCUGGAGGGCGGCGCUAAUAUUGAAGCGCGCACGCGCGGUGCCUUUGGCUGGACCCCCUUGCACCACGCGGCGCGGCACAAUCGACGGCGAGCCAUCCGAUUCCUCCUGGAAAGCGGAGCAUUCCUGGCGGAGGACAUGCAGGACCCACGCUUCAACCCGCCGCUGCACUACUGCCGCAGCCUGCAGUAUGCCUACCAGCUGCAGCAGAGCAUGAGUAUGGGGAAUGGCGGUGGGGAGGGGAGUAGCAGUGGGGGAGGUAGCGAGUUGGAGAGUGGGAGCGGUGUGGAGGGAGGGGUGGUGGGGGAAGGUGGGGAGGAGGGAGAGGAGCCGGUGCCUGCAGUACCGUAUGCGUACCAGCUGCAGCAGGCAAUGUCUGGGGAAGGUGGUGGGGAGGGGAGUAGCAGUGGGGAUGGCAGCGAGGGGGGCAGUGGGAGCGGUGUGGAGGGAGGGGUGGUGGUGGGGAUGGGUGGGGAGGAGAGGGAGGUGGUGGAUCAAGAGCCAGCCGAAGCCUGCCAUGCCAACCAUAGCUUGUCGACCAUGGCCCAUCCCGUCCACUGUGGCUUCCACAUCAGUGCAAUGUGCAAGUGGCUGUGUAGGGUUUGA